AUGUUCACCGAGACAUCGUCCGGGUACCGUUACCUACUCACUGCUGUGGACAGGUAUACCAGGUGGCCCGAAGCUACGCCCAUGACGGACAUGUCAGCCGAAACGGUGGCUUCGACCUUACUAUCAUCCUGGGUGUCCCGUUUCUGCGUCCCGUCCCAGAUCGCCAAUGACAGAGGGCGUCAGUUUGAGAGCAGCCUCUUCAACGCAUUCACAAAGCUGCUCUGCACCACCAGACUUCGCACCACUUCAUACCAUCCUGCAUCAAACGGCCUCGUCGAGCGCCUUCACCGUCACCUCAAGACCGCGCUCAUGGCUCGCGAGGACCGUGACCAUUGGGUAGACCACUUACCCCUGGUGCUCCUGGGCAUUCGUGCCGCCCUGAAGCCCGACGUAGGCUGCAGCUCCGCCGAACUAGUGUACGGGUCUGCUCUUCGGCUCCCUGAGGAUUUCUUCGCCCCUCCGCAACACCCGCCCACCCCCACGGAGUACCUCCAACGCCUACAACGCUUCCUCACCUUCCUUCGCCCAGCCCCCAGCCGCACGGACUCCUACCGCAAGGUCCACGUCCCACAGGGGCUCGCCACAGCGACACACGUUUUCCUCCGCACAGACGCCAUCCGUCGGGCAUUCACUCGUCCGUACUCAAGGCCACACCCUAUCCUCAGCAGAGGCGAGGAAACGUUCCGCAUAUUGUUAGGAACACACGUAGGAAGUCCCUUCCAACUACUUCUUCUCUCCCCUAGUCUUUUCUUCGCACAUCGCUUACACCAUCCAUCCCCACAGAGGCUCCGGCCCGGAGCCUAA